AUGGCGAACUUGCACGGGAACAUUCCCAGUGUGCCGCUGAGCUACCAGGCAAGCUACCAAGUAAACCUGCCCUUUCGCCCUCAUCAUAUCGUAAAUGCCCCAACUGCAGUGGAGCCUGCUGGGGAACCUGCCGAAGAGCCUGCCGGAGAGCCUGCCGGAGACCCCCCAGAAGAAUUCCUAUUUCCCGGAGCAUUCCCCAGAGAAGCCGACGGCGAGCCCGGCGGGCAGACGUGCGGUUUCGACCACUCCUCCCUGGAACGCGAGAAUGCUGCUUCGGACGGCACUUCCGACGAGUCCUACGAGCCCACCCUUCUCGACGUCAUCGUCGUCAAGGCCAUGUUGCGCAAGGCCAUGCGUCUACCCGCCGAGGUUGUCGACGCCAUUGCCGACCACGCCGAGUAUUGGCCCUAUACUUCGACUAGCGUCUCGUACAACACCCUGAUGGGGGACAUGUUGGUCGUCAGGGGCGGCAACGGCCGGCAGGAGAACACAUUCCUGCUCCGUACCGUGCCUGUCGGAUUCCCGAAAUGGCCGCGAACUCACCAGCGCCAACAGGAGCUGAACUCUCCCCCGCCCCCGCGACCCGUGGGAAAGGAGUACUCGAUAGAGCACAUCCAGCAGCUGAUUGGCACCCCAGAGACAAUGCUGGCGCAGCCGUGCCGCAAGAUCGUCUUCACAAUCCGCAGUCGCGACCAGGGCUGGGGCGGCACCCGGGCUGAUCAUGGCACGUAUCGCGGCUCUUGGACGUGGUUCGAGGCCGGACUCGAGCGGUGGUGCGAGCACGACGGUGAAACCCGAGACGCCAAGGACGACCACGACGACAAUGACGAAAGUGAAGGCGGCGGGAUCAGCAACCAGCGCGAGUUGGAAACAAACCCCUGGUCGUCAGAACCACAGCAGCCCGAACCCAACAAAGAGUUGUCACGGCAGCUGGACGGCUUCGGUACCGUCUACCCCAAGGUUGUGCGUAGUCCGGCCACCGACGCGUACGCCUUCGAGCACCCCGUGCUACCAGUCGAGGAGCUCAAGGUGCAGUGCAACGUGACAUCCGUCAAGGAGGUAAAGGAGCACCGCGUCGCGUGGAGAUACACAGACGACUGCGACCCGAGCGAAGACCCCGAGGCCCUAGGGCGUGGCCGGGGCACCAACGACGGUGAGUUCGUGCGCAACCUCAAGCUCGGGGAUGUCGUGACGCUGUGGGCCAAGGCGCGGUUUCCCGGGUGGGCGAACCACAUCGAGAGCGUCCGCGUGGAUGUCUAUUGGGCCAUUUGA